AUCAGCCAUUGAGCUCGGUUCUCCUCCCUCUUUCUCUUUCGCUCUCUCUCUCUCUCUCUCUCUCUCUCUCUCUCCCUCUUCUCGAAGGACGAACUUUGUGUGCGUGUAUGAUGCAUUUAUGGUGUCUGUAAGAGAGAUAGAAGGAGCGGGAGGAAAAGAGAGACAGACAAUCGGUGAUCAUCGGCGGGCUCCGAAGGCAGAGCUGAGAGCGACCUCACGUUUUUCGAAUUUGUCGUUCGCCGUCGAUCCUCGCGAAUAGUUGUGCGCGUCUCUGAGUAUCUCCUUCGCAACGCAUUAUACGACAACGAUAUUUUAACGAUAGUACAUACUUCCUUACGAAUUAUUUCGAAACUAGUACUUUUUCUCUUUCCCGCGAAAUAGAACCUUUUCGUUAUUUUUCCAAUUGAAGAUUUGAAUUUUCAAAAAGUCGCGCGGCACCACUGCCAUUUUGGAUAGACAUAUAGAUGUUAAGAAGAUAGUGAAGAAUAAGUCCAUUGCAUCGAUACGGAGUCUAUAUAAUAUCGAACGAACGGUCUCUCGACGAGAGUUCGACAGGUGAAGACUAUUGUCUUAAAAUUUCAGCGAUUUCGCUUUUAAAAAUAAUAAGACGAUAUGGCGCGUCCAAAAAGAUGGAAGAAGUGCAUGUCGGAAAAUUUAUUGACUUUGCUGACGAUAAUCGGCGUGUGUGCCGGCACUCUAGUUGGCUUCAUCUUAAGGAAUAUCGACAAACCGGAGGGAUGGACAUCUCGAGAAAUAAUGUAUAUUCAAUUUCCUGGUGAUCUUUUUCUUAGGAUGCUUAAAGGUCUAAUUUUACCUUUGAUAGUGGCUAGCAUUGUCAGUUCGAUCGGUAGUUUGGAUCUUUCUCUUUCAGGAAAAAUCGGUAUGAGAUCGAUUUAUUAUUAUGGAACUACAACGAUUAGUGCUGUAAUUCUUGGCAUAAUUCUAGUCUCCGUGAUAAGGCCCGGAGAAAUCAGUGGACAUUCUUUCGACGAUCAAAAUGAUUUAACGCCUAUCAGAAAUGUUACUACCACUGAUACGCUAUUAGAUUUAGUCAGGAAUGUAUUUCCGCCGAAUCUUGUUCAAGCUUGUAUUAUGCAAUAUCGUACGAUAUUAACGAAGCCUAAAAAUGCGACGGAUGAUAUUGCUAUAGAAAAUUGGGAUAUUUCACACGUAUAUACCGAUGGAACCAAUACUCUUGGAUUAGUAGUUUUUGGUAUUGUUUUCGGGAUUACACUCGGUAAAAUGAGAGAAUCUGGAAAAGCUUUGUUGGAUUUCUUUACAGCAUUGUCAGAAGCAACAAUGAUUAUUACCAACUGGGUCAUUUGGAUUUCACCGAUUGGUGUUUUCUUUUUGGUUACUUCAAAGCUUUUAGAAAUUAAGGAUAUAAGUGCUGUUAUUGGUCAAUUAGGAUUAUAUUUCAUGACAGUUUUAUUGGGAUUAUUUCUCCAUGGUUUUGGUACUCUGUCUGUUAUAUACUUUAUCUGUACCAAAGAAUUACCUUUCAGAGUUAUUGGAAAAAUGGGACAAGUAUUAGUAACAGCAUUUGGAACAGCUUCAAGUACUGCCACACUGCCAGUUACUCUACAGUGCUUGGAUAAUAUGGGAGCAGAUCCUAGGAUAACAAGGUUUGUUGUACCAAUUGGUGCAACUAUCAAUAUGGAUGGGACUGCAUUGUAUGAAGCAGUUGCAGCUAUAUUUAUUGCUCAAGUUAGAGGCGUAUCAUUGACUCUUAGCAAUAUCAUUGGCGUUAGUGUGACUGCAACGGCUGCAAGUAUAGGUGCAGCUGGUAUACCACAAGCUGGUCUUGUUACAAUGGUUAUGGUAUUAGACACCAUAGGUUUACCCGCAAAGGAUGUCACCCUUAUUAUUGCCGUAGAUUGGCUGUUAGAUCGAUUCCGAACUACGAUUAAUGUAAUGUGUGAUGCACUCGGAGCUUGUAUAAUCGAACAUAUGAGCAAAGGAGAACUUGAUGUACCUGCAUUGAAUCAAACAGAAGAUUCUAUUGAACUUGCUCAAUUGCGAAAAGCAGAAGCAUAAUUUUUUCUUUUUUUUUUCUUUUUUUUUUCUUUUUUUUUCUUUUUUUUUUUUUUUUUUUUUCUGCAUGCUAUUCAAAAUAGCAUUUAUAUGAUAUUAUAUUAUAUUGCACAGUUCAACUGUGUCUCUUUAGAGAUUUAUACAUUUUUAUGUUAUUUAAUAUAAUGCGCUUACAAACUAAAAAGUUUGUAUAGCAGAAUUUUGUGAAUAUCACUUUUAAUAUAUGUACAUACAAAUGCAAAUACAAAUCUACAACACGGUCAA